UCAGCAUCGCUGCAGAUGGCUUUUGCAGACCUGUGCAGCCUAAGAAACAGGAUGUUAAUGCUUGACGGAAUGCCGGCAGUCCGAGUCAAAGCCGAGCCCCUGGAAUCGGAACAAGGGUCCCCUAAAGUUCGACCUUACUCUGCGAUGGAUGGCGUCCCCUUCUUUCUCAGCAGAGUUAAAUCUGAACCUCCAGAAGACCUCCUCGCUCAUCAUGACCUGCACUUCCACACGCAGACAGAACCAGUGGACCUGUCAAUCAACAAGCCCCGUCCCUUGACCUUGUCCUCCACCACCACCACUAGCACAACCUCCUCGAUGUCGCCCCCCCACAGAUCCGCCUUUUCUCCAUCUUCAUUGUCUUCAUCCUCCUCCUCCUCGUCUUCUCCAUCGGUUAUCACCUCAGCCACCUCAGUGCUCACUCCAGGCCCCCUGGUUGCCCCCGGAAGCGGGGUGAGAGGUCAGCCGUAUUUGCACAUUCUGCAGUCUGUGCCACCGCCUCCGUCCAGUCCUCUGAGCCUGCAGGGAGCUGGGAAGUUGGCCGGCCAUGUUCACCGCAUCCCAGUUGUGGUACAGUCAUUGCCCCUCAUGUACACCACUGCAGUACGGUCGCCCUCCAGCCUCAACAGUGCUAUCAUGCUACCUCUGCUGGAAGAGGCCAAAAGCCAGGGCAAAGCACACUCAGACCCCAAUGGCCUGUCACCAAGGCAGAUCAAAAGUGACAGUGACGAUGAUGACCUGCCGAACGUGACCCUGGACAGUGUUAAUGAGACCGGCUCCACGGCGCUGUCUAUAGCCCGAGCUGUGCAAGACUCCAUGUCGCCGUUCAGUAUUGACAGCAUCCGACGCCCUCGGAGGUCAGAGUCACCAGACUCAAAGAAGCGAAGAAUCCACAGAUGUGACUUUGAGGGCUGCAAUAAAGUGUACACCAAAAGCUCCCAUUUAAAAGCGCAUCGGAGGACGCAUACAGGGGAAAAGCCAUACAAAUGCACCUGGGACGGCUGCACCUGGAAGUUCGCCCGCUCCGACGAGCUGACAAGGCAUUACAGGAAACACACGGGGGUCAAGCCCUUCAAAUGCGCAGACUGUGACCGCAGCUUCUCCAGAUCCGACCACUUAGCCCUGCACCGACGGAGACACAUGCUGGUGUAAAGCACAACACGGGCGAUUAAGAGAAGAUGUCAGCGGAGCAGACACAUCCACACGUACACACACAGGCAGCCAAGGGAGCAGGAUCUCCCUUUGAAUGUUCUUCAGCAGGCCUGGACGCCCAAAAUCAAACACAGAUGAGCACACACACACAUACACACGCUGGCAUCCUGAGAUUGAGAAGCUGGAUGGAUGGUCGGAGCAGAAAACAAGGGGACUUCUGGAUCCUUUUGGAUUAAUAGGAAGCGAUGACAGGAUCUUUAACCAUCAUCGGCGAAAAAUAGGGAACUGUUAUGAGCAGCACUGUUUGGUGAUGUUUCACUUUGAUUUUUAGGAUGAAGUGGCACUCUUUAAAUUUGGAUUUUACUCACUUUACAUUACAGCUGCUUUUCCAGCAUGCAAAAUGUGAAAGACCCCUUUGAAAUCAGAGCUGGAGCGGAUUUCCACAAGAAAGACUUGGCCUGAGUUGGAAUUACAGAGACAGUAUUGUUUUGCUUGCCCCCCCUGUGAGUUUAACACAUGGCCAGCAGAGGGCAGUGUUUGAUCACAGGUUUUCUUAGCAAUUACGUUUUCUUUCAGAAGCUGAAGGAGGGUUGGGCUUUCACAUUUUCCACCAAGCAAAGUGCAAAUAUCUUCACCUGGAUCCAUCUUCAUCCCCACAUCCACCCAGUCAACCAUUAGCUGCUUUUUUCCAAAACAGCAGAACCUGGACAUGCCUAAUCAUCACACCAGCAAAGACGCACCAUUUUAUCACAUGGACAUUGGACAAACCCCAUUCUUCAUCAGUGCUUUUCUUUAUUUUGAGCCUCUUAAAAUAAUUUUCUUCAAGCAAAUCUUAUGUGGAUUUUGAGCUGUGAUUAGCAAUCAGUAAAGUGCAAUCUUAAAGAAUAUAUAUAAAUAUAUAUAUAUAAACUUUCAGUAUAAAAAAGUUUUCUUUAUUGAAUCUUGCUUUUUUUUUUUAAUACCUGCUUAUUGCUUAUGCUUAAUUCUGACAAAUACAACCCCCUUGUGUACAGCGAACCUUGAAACAAUCGGAGGAGAGUCUGUGGAAAAAGAAAACCAACAGAGGCACCUUAGGGACUUUCAUCCUGUCCCCAUUCACCUGUGCUCAUCAGUCAACCCACUUUUCCUCCAAUGAAAUCAAACCGAAACAAGGAAUUUGUUUGGUAGUUUUCAUACAGCAAGGCGCCCCUUCACCACAAGCUGUCACUGACACCAGCUGGAGAUUGACAGAGAAAAUCUUGCACACAGAAGAGCAAUACAUUCUGAUCUAAAAUCUUUGUUGAUGUCAACCAGGUCAGCCUCGCUCUGUUUCUGAAUAUCUGAGUCACAAAGUGAAUUCUCAGCUGGUCAUUUAUCCCACAUCAUCUGACAUUUUUUUAUUUAUAUUUUACAUAAACAUUGCUUGAAAUGUUCUCACCUCACUUUGGGCAGUUUUGUUGGUUAUUUACCAAAAGUUUGGUGUUCAAAAUGCAGGAGUUGCACACCUAGUAACAUACAGAAUACCAUAUAUACAUAUGGUGCCUUGCAAUAGUCUAAAUCCUUGAACUGUUUCACAUUUUGUUACGUUACAAUGACAAAAAAUCAGUGCAUUUUGUUGGAUUUCUUUGUCAUAGACCUACACAAUUUGUAGCACGUAGUUGUCAAGUAGAAGUAAUUGAUAAAUAUAAUUCUUUUGUAAAUUAAUAAAGAUCUGAAAAGUGAGAGUUUGUAUGUCUUCAGCAUCUCUGAUUUAGAAGUACUUUGUAGAAAAAAUAGCUUUGCACAUCUGGAGGUUGAAAUAUGUGCUCAUAAUUGGUAAAAUACUUUCGAUUCGAUGGAGAGUAUUCAGUUUUCGAUGUCUUGCCAUAGAAAAUCUCAAUCGGACCUAUAUCUGGAUAUUGACUUGUCCAUUUUAACAUACAAACUGGAGCUCUGUAUGUGUAGGGUUGUGUUGUCCUGCUGGAUGGUGAACCUCCAGAGGCUUAAGUCUUUGGCAGCCCCUUAAAAGCUAUUUUUGGGUAGUUUUAGCUUAAUCCAGUUUUUACAUUUACUGUUGAGAGAAAAAUACCCCUCAGAAUAAUGCUGCCACUACCAUGUUUAAGAGAGAAGAUAAGGUAGCAUUUUUUCUAGAAUUGGGUGGGGUUGAUUUUGAUGUCAUUUAGCCAGGGCAUCUUCUCUCACAUGUUUGCUAAUGGUUAUUUUGUUAACAGAUUCUCUCACCUGAUCUGCGUUUCUCUGCAGCUCCUUAAGAGAAGCUAUGCACCUCUCUGCAGCUCCUCUCAUUAAUGCAGUGUUUAACUGUAGAUCUGCAGUUUAAUUUCUCUCUUUCCAAUUUUAUAUAUUGAACAUUUCUUUAAAUAUAUUCAAAGCUUGUGAUCCUUUUUUAAGAAUCAAGCCCUACUUUGAACACAUAUUUCUCCUUGGCCUAUCUGGUCUGUUCCUUUGUAUUCAUUAAGCUGAUCUCACCAGUGUUCUCUAAGAACAUGCUUAGGCCCUAAUAUAGAAUAUGCAUUUAUUCUAAGAUAAAGAUGAACUCUAUUUACUAACUAGGUGACAUCUGAAGGCACACUAUUAGAGGGCAUUAUGGUAGAGGCAGCUGAAUACAUCAGCACACUUUCUUGAUGAUAAAAGUUUAGGAAGGGUCAUCACUUUACUCCCACUUUGUUAUUAUCUGCUACUUUGAGUCAGUCUACACAUUAAAACUAAUACAAAAUAUACAGAAUUGUGGUUGUAAUAUAGUCAAAUUUGAGAAAGUUCAAGGAGUCCGAGUACUUUUGCAAUGCACUGCACAAAACACAGAUAUUAAUCCCUACAUUAUAUCAAGGAGGAAGAUCUUAGAUGCUGUUACUGGCAGAAAUAUCACAUCACUUGACCUCAAUCAGGGAAUCAAAUUAAAAGUGUAUUUUUAUAGUCUGAAGGCAGGCGUUUCGUUUUCUUUUUUCAAGUAUAUCCAGUGCUCUUUAUGCUGUUUAAAAGCUUCAAACUUUAGGUACAGAGCCAACCAAUGUUAUUCGAUGGUUCUGCCAAAUGCAGUUAUUGGACAGAAGCCAGUAAGAAGACACAACAACCUUUUGAUUAAGGUAUCUUGAAAUCCAUACACUCAUACACUAACGCCUCCACACAGACACACACAUGCACACUUGAAAGCUCUCACUUUUAGUAAAGAAGCCAAACCCAGGGAACAGUUUCCAUAGAGUUUUUGCAUCCCUCUUGUAUGUUCUUUAUUUAUGUAUAUUAUUUGUGCACAUGUCAUUACACCCAAUUAUAUUAUCAUUUUGGCAAAAGCAUAUUAGCACCUUCUUUGUUUAUCGAGAUGACUUUCAGAUAUUUUAUUCCAGAUGUCAAUUUCUGAACAAAAUAAUCAUAUUUUAUCAUCCGUAUAAUGUAUUAAGACAAUUUUUUUAUGAUCGAGGGGCACUUCAUGGGACGGCUUGUAACUCUUUCUCCAAUGUCGAAAAAAAAUAAUGAUUUUUUGAAAUGUUGUAAUAUAUGUGAUAGUGUAGAUACAAAGCUAUUACAAAGUUCUACAACCUGUGCAUACAAUGGAGAAAUAGGGCUUUCGAUUUGUAGAUGCAGCAGAUACAUUUAUACACGUAAAGUCUUUUUUUCUGAGACCGUAAUUUAUCUAAUUUGAUAUACAGUUAAAACGGGCUAAAGGUGUUCAUCAUGUAAAUGAUCAUGUGUGAUGUUAUAUAGAAAUUUGAUUUCUUUUAUUUUUCUGGCUUGGAUUUAGACAAAUUCAUGGUCAAAUUGUCCUUUUUUUAUUUUAUAAGGCAAAAUCGGUGUUUGCUAUAAACAACUAAUUAUUUAUAUACACUGACUGUAUUAAGGUACUUGAUUGCCCCUGUUGCCAUUUUACUAUCAUACAGUUGAAACCAGAUAUUUACAUACACAUUCUUUUUUUUCCAGUUUUUCAUGGUAAAUGAGAUCAAAUUAUUCUUUUUUUUUUAGGUCACUUGGGUUUAAAAUAAUUAUUUCUAUUUGCUAAAAGGCGAGAAUAACGAGGAAGCAUUUUUAAAAUAUAUAUUUUUCACCUUAUUUUAUUAAACUCCUUUGUAUUUGGUAGAAUAGGCUUUUAUCUGGUGACCUGCCAGAAGUUUAUUAUAGUCGUUACAGGAAUUUUGACUUAUUCCUAUUCAUAGAACCAGUCCAACAGGGUCAGGUUCGUUGGCUGCCUUUCAGCUCUUCCCGCUAAUUUUCUAAGGGAUUGAGAUCAAAGGUAUGUGUUGGCAACCCUCAAUAAUAUUGACUGUCAUUGUUAAGCCACCCUCUAACUUAUCCAGCUGGAUGUUUAAGAUGAUUAUUCAUCUGGAUGACCCGUUUUUACCUUUCAGUGUUACUUGACCAGACCUGCAGCCUGAAGCUGCCAUUUUUGUACCCUCAUCCGCCAAUCGUAACAAUGGUCAUUAUGGCCAAACGCUCUUGUUUCAUCAGAUCACGUCUUUGACUAUUAAAGUUUCAAUCGCUGUGUUCCUUUCCAAAUGGAAAUCUGGCUUUUUAUAUUGCUUUUGGAUUGAUUGCUUCUUGUUUGCCAAGUGGCCUUUCAGCCCAUGUUAGUAAAAAACUUUUCUUUAUUCACACUUUAUUUUGCCUUAGUUAAAAAUCACAUUAAGCACCAAAACAUAUUCACCCCUGGGACACAGGAACGGUUCGUUUUAACGGUAUGAUGUGUAAAAAAUCACCUGUUAUUUAUACCACAAAGGAACAAUCGUAUCUGAAGGGCUAACCAGGCUGAUCAUUUGGCUAAUAUUUUCUGGUACUAUAAUACUUUUGUUUUUUCCAUCAUAGCACGCAUGAAAGCAAUGUUUUUGAGCUGCUUUGAAUCAAUCAACGUAAGCUUCCAAAGCCAUAACAUACUGUGGGCUUUUCGAAAUUGCUUGAACUGUUAGUAAGUUUUUCAAAAAAGUCAUAAAAAAUUUGUAAAAAAAAAUAGAAAUAAUUUUGGCAAUCCUAGUUAAUCGGCUUAUUAAAAGUUCAGUCUGACCUAAUCAUAGAUACAGCAUUUGUGUCCUAUAAUCCAGUGUAGUUAAACAUCUGAUUUCAACUGUACCCUGAUAAAAAUAAAAACAUACACAAAUCAAUCUCACAUAUCAACACAUUUACUUUUUAUUCCGUAUAUCCUUUUAUGAUGUCGGAUGCCUUAAUACACCAGUGUUUAAACAGUUCAAUUAGACUUGAUGAUGUCUCCACGGAGGCAGGGUGUAUUGUUUUCCUAAUCCCCCCCAUCCCAACACACACACACACACACCAUCUCUUUGCUCCUUUUAAAGCAUAAUUUUGUUACGGUAACCAGGGUCAAAGUUAUGCAAUAAUGAUAAAUAGUGCCUCAUACCACAAACUUGUAAUAUCAACCGCUGUGUGCAGCGUUAUGAUUCCAACCCUUGUUCUUCAACUGCUACAUUUCAAAAGGAGAAACAGUGAUUUCUUUUUAUUAUUGAUAUUAUUUUGGGGAUAAAAAGCACAGACAACAAUAUGCAAGUCGGACCUCUAAUGUUGAACCUAUCCUUCGCACUGAGCCUUAUAUAUCACAGUGUCAAACGCAGUGUCCCACAAUAACACCAGUUUGAAGCACACAUUACUUUGGCUGCAAUAAGUCCCUCUCCAUAAGGGCAAUAAACCGGAGUUACAAAGACCUCUGGAUGUUUCAGCUUCAGCACAGUGAUUUCAUAUUAGGCCAUGAGGAAUCAAACCCACAGCUGGGUAAAUUGAUGCCUUCGCUGAUGAUUUGAGGCGUUCAAUCAGUUAAGUAAAUAUUUUAAUUUAAGUGUAACAUCGUAUUUCAUUUUUCUGGUUUUGAAAACUUUAGUAGUGAAGCCAAUGCCUAUGUUUCAAGUUUGCUAAUAUUCCGUACAGUAAUUGUUGUUCCUGUAUUUAUGUAAAGUGAGUGUUGUGUAAAUAUAUUCAGAUCUUUUCAUUCUUACUGUGAGAAAAUAAAAUGUGAUAUUGUUUUCAAAAGGGAGAUUCUGCUAAUGGGAAAAAAAAAGACAUUUUUAAUCCUGGUAUUUUUAAAAACUUUAAAAGCAGGUGUCCUUUUGCUUUCUCUUUUUUUUCCCCCUGUUACAGUUUUAUUUUCUCCAAAAGUUGUUUCAGUAACAAGUCAGUGUUUUGCCUUUUUUUUUCCUGUAUUUUUUCAUAUGGAUGGAGCUGUGAAAUUAAGAUAAGUUGAAACAUAUACAUGUAUAUUGAAAUGAAUGGAGGCAUGAAGGUUAAUAAAGUUGCAUUUUGUAUGUAACACUA